AGUAAUAAGUAGAAAAUGUCGACCCCCCUGAUUUCUCGUUUACCCCCACUCCCUGCUGUACGUGACCUCCUUAAUUUGUACCGCCUUCAAGCUGUGAAGCAACUGUCCCAAAACUUUUUGUUAGAUCCCAAAUUGACCAGCAAAUUAGUGUCGGCCGCGGGAAACAUUUCCGAGGGUUAUGUUUGUGAAGUCGGUCCAGGUGCCGGCUCCCUCACCCGAACAAUCUUAUCUCGCAAUGUCAAAAAGCUAGUUGUCGUGGAAAAGGAUACGCGUUUUCAUCCUCCUUUGGAGAUGCUAGCAGAGGCCAGUGAUAAUAGAAUGUCAAUCAUCUGGGGUGACGUUCUUAGUCACAACUUAAGAAACACCUUCCCUCAAGAAUCAAGCCGUGACUGGAAAGACGUGACUCCUAACAUUCACAUUAUCGGUAACUUACCCUUCAACAUCGCCACGCCGCUUAUAAUUAAAUGGUUAUGUGCCAUUUCAGAACGGUCAGAUGCAUGGGCCCAUGGAAGAGUUCCUUUAACUCUAACCUUCCAGAAAGAAGUGGCAGAGAGGAUGGUGGCACCUAUUGGUACUCCAGAACGCUGUAGGCUCUCGGUUAUGGUGCAACAUCUUUGCCAUGUGCAGCACAAAUUCACAAUUCCUGGAAGAGCAUUUGUUCCAAAGCCAAACGUGGACGUGGGUGUUGUGCAUUUCACACCACUCAUUGUUCCCAAGAUUAAAGCACCCUUCAGUUUGGUUGAAAAAGUUGCCCGGACUACCUUCUCGUUUCGACAGAAAUACUGUCGGCGUGGUUUGGAGAUGCUUUUCCCUACAUCGAUGAGAGCUGAACAGGUCCAAACACUUUUGCGGCUAGCCGACGUCGACGGAACACUGAGGCCUUUCGAACUGAGUAUCGAAGAGUUUGACCGCCUUUGCCAGUCUUACAGCGUUAUUCUUGAAAAGUUUCCAUCCCUUGCGCGAUACAAUUCGCGUUCCACAGAAGGCAUUGAAGAUAUCCUGUUUGCUGAUCAGUUGUGAUGGUACAAUUUUGUGGAGGUUUCCAGUUAAAAAAUAUAGUCAAGUAAUUGAUACUGUAAUAA